AUGACAAAGAUAGCACCAGAAGAAAAGCAACCUCCUCGUCAAUCUCUAGACAUUCUUCAAGACGAAACUGAUUCUAAUGCAGAACUCUUUGCCAAACCAGCCAAUUCGAAUAGAAACUUUCUUCUAAAGUUUAUUCUAAGUAUCAGACUAUUCCUCAUCAUUGCCAUUGUCCUAAUUGUCCUCAUGACAGCCAUCCCAAUUUGGUCAGCUGCCUACACCAUGAACGAAGCAGCAGCUCUCGAACAAGUUGACGUUUUAAUCACAAACAUGAAUGAGAAAAUCCAAGCUUUCAUGAAUGGUCAAUUAAUUCCCGCCAAAUACAUUGCAGAUAGUUUAGCAGAUGAUUAUCAUAAUUAUCACAUUGACUUUGCUGAUACUGUAUUGACCUAUCUCUAUCAAAGAAUUAAGACAUUUGGCGUGACAGUUACAAAUUUUUGCUUGGGAGAGCAAGGUAAUAAUGCACUCUAUGCAUUUUCAGCAGAUGUAAAGACUAAAUCUUUAGCUUUGGCUAUGAAGAGACAAAAAGGAAAUUUUGUGGUGUAUGCUGCGAAUAUGACAACUGGUUUAUAUAAUCCGAAUUCUUAUUCGACAAAUAUUACCUAUGCUGUUGGUAAGACUGAUUAUUAUUUGGAAUCUAUAGAGUUGAUGAAGAUGUAUCCAGAUGGUGCAUUUGGAGCUCCUUAUAAGGUAAUUAAUGGACCUCAAUCAACCUAUUGGUCAACCCCAAUUUACAAUAGAACCGAAUUACCUUCAGGAAAGAAGAAUAGAAUUGGAUUUGCCAAAAUCAACAUCUCACUCGAUGCCAUUGCUCAAUUCUUGUCAGCAAUCAAAGUUCUAGAAAAGGGAUAUGUCAUCCUAUCAGAAUAUGGAAAUGACUAUAUCAUUGGUAGUUCUCUCACAAUUCCCGACAUUGUUUUGAAGAGAAUGAAGGCAACCAAUGUGACCACAAGAGGAGCUGGAACACUCAUGACCAAACUCUUGCAACAUCAGAAAGAUAACAAUUUAAACGAAACUACAGAUAUUAGACUAACAUUAACCAAUGAUGCAGGUGAAAGUUUCUUGGUUUCUUCAUCACCAUAUAUAUUUUUUAACCUAAAAUGGAGAAUGACCUUAGUUUUUGAUGAAAGAGAGGUAAAGAAUGGUAUUAUUAUGAGUAGUUAUGUUAUUAUAGGAGUUUCUAUAGGAGUUUGUUUACUUGGUGUAAUAAUGAGUAUUCUUAUUGGGUGGUCAGUUGCAAGUCCAUUUAUCAAAUUACAACAAGAUUUCAAAAAGAUUGAGAUUUUGGAUUUGGCGAAUAUCAAACCAAGAUCUUCGAUAUUCACGGAAGCCAAUGCAAUCUAUUCAAGUUUAACUGAAACUGUGAGAUGGUUGGGUGAAAUUAGAGCAUUUAUUCCAGAUUCGGUUUUGAAUCAAUUGGAAAUGACCAAGCUUGAAACUGAAGAUGACAAGCAAGAUAACAAUCAUCACAAUGCUUAUGAGUCGUUCCACUCAAGAAAGGAAUCGAGGAGUCACAUGUCCCAUAGCAGUGGAAACCAUUCGAAAAUUUCCAAGAAGGAAAAUAUUGCCAACAAUCUAUUCAAACUUGGUCUCUCCAUGAAGGAAUGUGCAAUUAUCUACUUGACAGUUCCAAACCUCAAUGAAGAUUCCUAUGAAUUCGAAUCUGGUAUGCUUUCGAAUUUAAUUUCCAAAGCAUUGACCUCCAUUUCAACAAUCUGUAAGACCUCAAAGGCAGAUCUUCAAAUCAAGAGUUACAAUGAAUAUGUUAUUACCUUUACCGAUAAGAAUCCUCAAGCAGCUGCUUUGGAAACUUCCCUCAAGAUCCUUACCUUACUGAACUCUUUGAACGAAACAUUGAGUAAGGAUAACCAACCGAAAAUUAAGAUGUGCGCAUCGGGUGCAUCAGGAAAUGGAAUUAUGGGUAAUGUGGGAAGUAAGCAGAUGCGUUUCUUUGCCAUGAUUGGUUCAGUUAUAAAUAGAGCAAAGGAAUUGAAUGAAUUUUCAAACUUUUUGGAUAUUCCAAUAGUUUGUGAUUGGUCAUCUUACAAGUUUACGAAACAAUCGUUCAUUUUCAGACCAGUGGAAAGAAUUUUUGCAGAGAAUCAUCAUAUUCACUCUGUUUAUCAAUUGUUGAAACGUUCUCAAGUUCAAGAUGAUGAAUGGUUAUACGAAUUGGAGCAAAAGAAGGCAAAUUCCAAGAUGGACGAAUUCAAUGCAGAUUUUUGUCAAAUAUUCGAAACAGAAAACGGAAUCAAUCAAGAGCAAGUUGAUAAUAUUCUGUCCCAUCUUUCCAGUCAUAAAUCAUCAGGUGUAGAAGAUAAGGUAGUUGAAAGAUUGGAGCACUUGCUUACAAAAUCUCAUUCACAACACGAAGAGAAAUCACUCAAUUUCAUGAAUUAUCACACAGUGGUGGGCUCUCAUUUUACCAGUUAUUUGAAACCUGGUGAGCCAAUCUUUAAAUUGUAA